GUUAAUAAUGGGGUUAUUCUCCUCACCCAAUGCCACCAGCUGCUCUUAUCUGAUCAAAUAGAGGCUGUAUAAAAGGGUUGAUGCUGCAGCUGGUGGAGCGACUGUGAGCUGUGCAUCAUCAUGAACGUGUCUACAAGUUUGAGGGUGCGCCUGCCGGUGCUGGUGCUGGUGUCGGAGGUUGUCAUGAUGGUUCUUUAUGCUGUUUUUGUCACUUACGACGACAAUGCCAAUGCUAAGAUGCAAAACAACGAGACCAACCCGAUGGAAAACUCCGUGUAUCGAGACUAUCCAUACUUUGCCGACGUGCAGGUGAUGAUCUUCAUAGGCUUCGGCUGCCUGCUGGCCUUCUUCCGAUUCUACGGCUUCGGUGGAAUGGUCUUCAACUUCCUCACGGCCACGUUCGCGAUCCAGUGGGCGAUCCUGAUACAAGGUUUCUUCCAGUUUUACUACGAUGGUAAAAUCCACCUGGGAGUGAUCAACCUGCUGAAUGCAGAGUUCGCCUGUGCCGUGGUGCUCAUCUCUUUCGGCGCCGUGCUUGGGAAGACCAGUCCCGUUCAGCUCCUGGUCAUGGCUUUGCUGGAGAUCCCUGUCUUUGCUGUGACAGAGUGGGUUGUAUUGAAAUACAUUAGGAUCAAUGAUGCAGGUGGCACUAUUCUCAUUCACCUGUUUGCCUGCUACUUUGGUCUAGGGGUGACGUUUGCUCUGUACCGCCCGGGUCUGAAUGAAGGUCACUCUAAAGAGACCACUAGUUAUCAUUCGGACAUCCUCUCUGUGUUGGGAACCUUGUUUCUGUGGGUGUUCUGGCCCUCAUUUAACUCUGCUCUGACCUUUAAGGGUGACGAUCAACACAGAGCAAUACUCCACACUUUUAUAGGUCUCAGCUCGUCCACUAUCACCCUCUUCGCACUCUCUGCAGUGUUCAAUAAGCGAGGCAAGCUCACGAUGGCUGAUGUCCAGAAUGUGACUCUGGCAGGUGGUGUGACUGUUGGAGCUUCAGUCGACAUGAUGAUUUCUCCCGUAGCUGCCUACGCGCUGGGCGUCAUGGGCUGCACGGCCUGUUUCUUUGGAUACAGGUACCUGACCCCCUUUUUGGCCCGAUACAUGAGGAUCCAGGACCAGUGUGGUAUUCACAACCUGCACGGGCUCACUGGACUCAUAUCAUCCACAGCAGGGAUCUGUGCCAUCCUCCUAGCCACUGAGGAGACCUACGGGCCCAGCAUGUACCAGAUCUUUUCCCAUCGCGCUCCACCUGAGGGAGAUCCAAAGCUCCUGGAGCUGCAGAAGCUGAUUCCCGGGCUGAAGCCCGGCUUGGGUCGUACCGCGCAGGAACAGGCUCUCUACCAGGUGGCAGCUGUCUUCGCCACCAUCGCAGCGUCUGCAAUUGGCGGGCUGCUCACCGGUUUGGUCAUGAAGCUGUCCUUCAUGGCGUCCCCGUCUGACAAUGACUGCUUCGAUGAUGAGCUUUUCUUUGACAUGCCCUCUGACUUUGACAGUGUAGAAGCGCUCAAGACCCCCAUAAGCUACGAUGAAAAGUUACAAAUGAGCUCCAUGAACGACGCACAGAGGCCGUCAUAAUAAGUCAUUCCAUUUUUUAAUUAUUGUCAUUUCAAUUAUUUCAAAAUGUAGAUAUUUCUCACACUUGUUGCAAGUGUUACAGACGUGUUAUGAAAUGGUAGAUGAAAUGUAUUUCAGAUUUGAAAUAAAGGAUUCUUAGACAUUAACCCUUCACCAAAAGCUGUUUACUGUUGCAGUUGGAGUUUUGUAUGUGAAAUGACAAAGGGCAUGUAAAAGGGUAAAAUAUGA